AUGCCGCCCUCAAAGCAAAGGCACAAGAGAAAGGAAAAGGUACAGAGCCAGAACGUUGCAAUUGGAAAGACUGGAAAGUCGGGUAUUUCAAAAAGCAUAGCGUCCAGCGAUGCCUCAAGCAUAAUUUCACUCCCCAUUCCUCUUCAGCAGCUCGUCUUAAACAUCUCCAAAGCGUCUCUGCUUUUCCCGGUGCAAGCCGCGGACCAAGGAUCACAGACUUCGCUAACAGAGAAAGUCCAAACCAUCAAAGCCCAUCUUUAUCGGAGGGAUUUUGCCAAAGCUUUCAGUGAAGCAGAUGAAGAUGCAUUGAGAGCGUAUGCGCUUCGCUGGAGUGCCGGGAGGGCUCUCGCGUAUGCGACUAUCUUUUGGGGAAUGAAGGAUGUGCUUUUUGGGAAAACGCGGACGGACGUUCUGUGUAUUGGCGGUGGUGCAGGUGCAGAGAUUUUGGCGCUGGGGGCGGUAUGGAGGGAACUGUGCGCGGAGAAGGGGCUGUUGGAUCGAUUUUCCGAGUUAUCUGUGCACUCAGGGGGAGCUGAGGAAAAAAGGGGUGAUGGAACUACCCCACAGGAUACCCCUGAGCUUUGCGUGACUGCAGUUGAUAUCGCGGAUUGGUCGUCGGUUGUUGAUCGUUUAGUGGCUGGUAUGACUUCUUUGUCUGUGCCUUCUAAGAAUACGUGCCAGCCUCCUCUUCUGCCGGUUGUAAAUGGCAAUCAUCCGAAAAAACACUUUACGGUCCAGUUCCACAAACGAGACGUACUGGAACUCUCUGACAGUCAUAUCAGGACCCUGGCCUAUCCUGCUUCUAGCUGCGACGAAAUGAGCGAUCGCACUGCUUUGGUGACUCUCAUGUUCACUCUCAAUGAACUGUUUUCGACUUCAAUGUCUAAAACAGUUUCUUUCCUCCUCCGUCUAACUGAUAUCCUGGAACCGGGGGCUACAUUGCUUAUAGUUGACAGUCCAGGAAGCUAUUCUACUUUAUCUAUAGGAUCGACUUCGAAAGCCUCUCAGGCAGCACCGCAUACCAGUAAAAUGGAGGGAAAGCCUCAAAGGGAAUACCCUAUGCGUUUCCUUCUAGAACACACUCUGCUUUCUGUUGCGGCUGAGAAAUGGACAUGCGUUCUAUCAGACGACUCAAGGUGGUUUCGGAGAGAGAAGGACGCUUUAACGUAUAACGUUGGCGACGGUAUAGGGCUGGAAGAUAUGAGGUACCAAAUUCACAUUUAUCGGAGGCUCUGA